GGGCUCGGUGCGGGCUCGGUGCUUGCUCCCGCAGGUACCCGGCGCGGCAGGGCGCACACGGUGCUCGCAGCCCCAGCAGCGGCCCCGCUCGGUGCGCCCCCCCCAGCGGGAAGCACCCCUGCCCCGUAGUCCCGCCGUUCCCCCCCCCCCCCGCGGCACCGCCGGGCCCGCCGCGGGCCGGGGCCGUGCCCCCCAGACACGCUCGCCCCCGCCCCCCCGCGCACCCCCCCCGUUUCACCCGCAGCCGGUUCGGCACCAGCCCAAGUAGGAGGUUUUGGCCCGCGCUUGUGCUUUUGAGGACCGAUCGGUGCAUCGCUAAGCUUCCCUCCGCGCUGUAGCAGGCAAGACGUGGGAGCAUAUGGCUCAGAGACGUCGACAUAUGUUUUAAGCACUACAAGAUGGCAUAUUGCAAUUGUAGCAGUGUUCUUCAUUUUUAUUUUUAGCUCAGUUAUACAAAUAAGAUGUUUUUCUCGCUGUUCAGUGUUAUCAACAUUUGAAACUAUUUUUGUACAUUAUUAUCCUCUCUGAUUUCUAAUCCUAUGCAGCUUUGCAAGUUCUAAUAGGGAAUGUAUGGAACCCAUGCAAGUUAAACCUUUAAUAAAGAGCAAUUUGCAAGUACAAUUCUCUCAUUAUUUUUUUUUAUCUAUACUUCUGCAUAUUCAGUGAAAUCUAAAGAUUAGAGGUUUAUGAAUAAUUCAGUGUUUAGGCUGAUGUCUGAUUCAUGUUCUUCAAAUCUGGGAGCUGAUUUUGGAGGGAAGAGGAGGCAGGAUUUGGUGUUUAUUCGCUGCCCGUGAGGCUGUGCUCCACGGGAGCCCUGCCAUGCUCGGCGCCGCGGUUUUCCCGCCUGCGCAGGACCAGCCCCAGCAACGUGCAGGUCAUGGCCUGGCCCCGAUCCUGCUGCUGCCGGCGGCGGCGGGGGCAAGCGAGGGUUUGGGACCCUCCUGCCCGCCCAGGCAGGCGCCGGAGGCAUCGCGGUGCUGCCGGAGGGGUGACGGCCGGACCAGGAGCAGGAGGAGCCGUGGUGCCAGCCCCUGCAGCCCUCCCGCGUCCCCGCCGUCCCCUUCCUGGAGAGUUCGGAGAUGGAUGGAAAUGAAGCAGGGACGGGCUGGUGGUGCUGGUCCGGGGGGAGCUGGGCAUGCGGGGCCCUGGGUGCCUCUCCCAGCUCCUUGCUCCAGAGCUGGGUGCUGCCGGCGCCUCGGGCCCCUGCCAGGACCCGGCCCCUGGGCUCAGCACACGGGCGCAGACCUUGACGAAGGUCUUCCUGGGCAGCGCGUGGCACGUCCACCGACGCAGCAGCACGUCCGUCGCGCCGGGCCGCCAACCAGCCCUGCCGCCACGUCACCCCGGCCCUUCCUCCGGCUCUCACAGGCCACGCGUGCAAUCCCCUCGCGACUCCUGCGUAAAGAGGAAGGGGCUGACACGGUGCCCUGUGGAGAAACACAGUGGUCCCCGGGCCGGGGACACUCACGCUGUCCUCGCGAGCACAGGCAGAACAGGAGGGAGCACAAACACCCUACCCUGCUGCAACAGCGGGGCAAGUGUCCACAGCACCACUGGAGGAUUUAUUUUUAACACAGAAGCGUCCCGCUCUAAACCCUCUGCUUGGACGGGCACCCUCUCCCUCCAGCCCCUCACAAAGUUUUGGCAAAGGGCUCUUGGGUUCCCAGUCACCUGCUCCCACCUGGGCCGCAACCAAUUAGCAGCUGUUAGCCAGCCCCUGCAAUUAGGGUGCUAAUCAGAUAAAUUAGCUGAAUUGAGGCGAGUCCAUGAGUGAGGGCGGUGGUGCUGUGAGGAGGGCCGGGGCUGCUUUUGGGUGGAUUUGUGCAGCUAUGGAGGCUCAGCUGGCCGGAGCUGCGGGGGCAACUCAGCUCCCCACUCCGCUGGCCCGUGGCCGGCGGGCCCCCCACCCCCCCACCCUGCACAUGGUCAUCGAGGCGCUGCGGGCCCAGGACCAGCGGAAAGGCGUCUCCGUCAUCGCCAUCAAGCGAUUCAUCCUGGCCAAGUACCCCGCUGUGGACCCCGUCCGCCUCAAGUACCUGCUGAAGCAGGCGCUGAGCAAGGGGCUGAGCCGCGGGGACCUGGUGCGGCCCCCCAAUUCCUCCGCCAUGGGGGCCACCGGCCGCUUCAAGUUAGCCCCUGAGAAGCUGCGGCAAAAGCAGCGGCCGGCCCAGGCGGAGCCUGACAGAGAAGAAGCCACGAAGCCGGGACGGAAAGGGACCACCAAGCCCCCCAGGGUCCCCACGGUGGGCGCGCGGCAGCGAGGCGCCGCGGAGGAGAAGCCGACAGCGGUGAAGCAGAAGCGGAGCGCAAAGCCCCUGGACGCCCGGCCGCCGGCAGCCGCCGAGCCCAGGAGCGAUGGAGCAAAACCCCCGCCAGCUGCCGGCCGCCCCCGGGCCCCCGGCAAAGGGCGUCCAGUGCCCCCCACGGCUCCAGCUGCUGCGGGUGCAGGAGCGGGGGAUGGCGGCGGCGCUGCGGGUGCUGGGGUGAAGGCGCCCCGAAAGGUCCCAGCGGGAAAGAGCAAGGGGAAGGUGCCCAAGGGGGCACAGCAAGAUGCCCCCAAGCCGAGUGGGGGUGAAGGCAAAGCGAGGAAGCCCCGGGUGACCCCAGGAGCCGGCCAGGCUGGGGUGCGGAAGGCAGCCCCCCCCGCAGCAGGCAGGAAGGCACCAUAGGUGGUCCUGGACAGCCC